UUAGGAAAUAUGUAGCCGGGAAUACUUUAAUUAUCUUCAAUCAAAUAAUGGGUUAGGGCCCAUUGUCUCUCAUGUGACAUUCUUGGUGCGUCGAAGACGAAAUUCGGCGCUCACUUUUGAACUGGUCGUCUGAUCUUACAAGCCCGUUCUUCUGAAUGCCUUCUUCACUACACAGCUGUUCAAGGGCCAAAAAGACGUGCUCCUGCUGGAGAAGACGGAACUGACCGCCGGCUCCACGUGGCACGCGGCUGGCCUCAUUACCUUCUACCACCCAGGAGUCAAUAUAAAACACAUCCACCACUACAGCAUGAACCUGUACGCCCAAAUUGAAAAGGAGACCGGACAGCAGGUAGGCUUCCAUCGCUGCGGCAGCCUCCGCCUGGCCACCAAAGACGAGCGCAUGGAUGAGUUUAGGUUUCAAAUGAGCCGAGCGGGGCACCUGAGAAACCCGCAGAAAAUGGUCACUCCCGAUGAAAUCUACGAGAUGUGCCCCAUCCUCAACAUGGAUCAGGUCAGGGGCGGUCUGUACAACCCCUACGACGGGCACAUCGACCCGUACUCGGUAACGCAGGCGCUGGCGGCGGGCGCGCGGCACUACGGCGCCGUGCUGCGGCCGCACACCGAGGUGACGGGCCUGCGGCUGCGAGAGGACGGCCGGUGGACGGUCACAUUGGGCCACGGCGCGCAGCUGACCGCCAGCCGGCUGGUCAACGCGGCAGGUUUCUGGGCCAAGGAGGUGGGCAAGAUGGCAGGGGAAGACCUACCGCUGGUGCCCAUCCACCACCAGUACGUGGUGACGUCGGCCAUUCCCGAGGUGAGGGCGCUGAAACGCGAGCUGCCCGUCCUGCGCGACCUGGAGGGCUCCUACUAUUGCCGUCAAGAGCGGGACGGCCUCCUGAUCGGACCCUACGAACACCAGGACAGCAUGAACCUCUCUGAGGACUGGGUUUUGCAAGGCGUACGAAAAGGUUUCGGCCGGGAGCUGUUCGCGCCUGACCUGGACAGGAUCGAGACCAACCUGGAGAUGGCCAUGGAGCGGAUACCGUGCUUUGGUCAGGCGAGCAUCCAGAGCGUGGUGAACGGGCCCAUUACGUACUCGCCGGACGUGCUGCCCAUGGUGGGGCCCACCCUGCUGCCCAACAUGUGGGUCGCCGUCGGAUUCGGGUACGGUAUCGUUCACGGCGGCGGUGUGGGCAAGUUUCUGGCCGACUGGAUGCAGCGCGGCGAGCCGCCCUACCACCUGGUCGAGCUCGACCCGGCGCGCUACGGCAGCUGGACCACCGACCAGUACAGUGUGGCCAAGUGCCGCGAGAGCUACGGCAUGAACACGGCACUUGGCUACCCCAGGGAGGAGCGGUUCGCAGGCCGGCCGACCAGCCGAGUGAGCGGCGCACACGAGCAGCUGGUGCGGCGUGGCGCCUCCAUGGAGCAGCACAACGGCUGGGAGCAGCCGGCCUGGUUCGCCGCGGCCGGCACCCGGCCCGCCUACCUGCCCAGCUUCCGGCGCACCAACUGGCACCGGCGCGUGGCCGACGAGUGCGCCACGGUCAUGGAGAGGGUGGGCGUCAUUGACCUCACACCAUUCGCCAAAUUUUACCUCUCUGGUCGCCACGGCCGGGCGCUGCUGGAGCACGCCACUGCCAACACGAUCCCGCCAGUGGGGCGCACCUGCAUCACGCACUGCCUCACGCCGGCCGGACGGGUGAUGGCCGAGCUCACGCUGACCACGCUGGACGACCAUCGCUUCCUCAUCGUCACCGGCGCCGGCAGCGAGCUCCACGACCUCAGGUGGCUGCAGUACGUGGCUCGUGAGAGGGGCCUGCAGGUGGAGCUGCGGAACGCCACGGAGGAGCUGGGCGUGCUGAGCGUGGCCGGUCCGCGCAGCCGGCAGCUGCUGCAGCAGCUCACCACACAGGACGUCGGCCGGUUCCCGUUCCUCAGCGCCCGACAGCUGGAUAUCGCCGGAGUGGACACACUGGCUCUGAGGAUCUCCUACACCGGAGAGCUGGGCUGGGAGCUGUACCACGACCGGCAGAAGACGGCCCACAUGUACGAGGCCAUCCUGCAGGCCGGCCAGCACCUCGGUGUGGGCGAUUUCGGCACUCACGCGCUGGAUGUUCUUCGCAUUGAGAAGGGAUUCCGCGCCUGGGGCGCCGAGAUGAGCUGUGAUGUCGGCCCCCACGAGGCCGGCCUGGACAUGUUUCUACGCUCCGACAAGGAGUACGUGGGCAAGUCAGCUGCUGAGCGCACCUUCCGCCAGGGCCUGCAGAAAAUGGUGGUUCAUCUGAGCAUCGACAGUCCUCAGGUGGACCCGAUGGGCGAUGAAACCAUCUACCUGUGUGACAAGGUGGUCGGUAACACGACGUCGGGCUGCUACAGCCACAACACUGGCCAGACGCUGGCCAUGGCCUUCCUGCCGCCUUACCUGGCCGUACCCGGCACAGAGGUGCAGGUGGCUCUGCUGGACGAGCGGCGGCCGGCAGUCGUGCUGCCCGGACCGCCGCUGCUCACCCAGCCGGCCAGGCAGGCGCUCAGCAAACGCCAGGCCAACGCCAAGACGGGCUGACCACUCAGCCGUCAGCGGCGCUGCCCGCUCCGUUGGGCUGUGUGACGACACUCGCUGCCCGCUCCGUUGGGCUGUGCCGACACUCGCUGCCCGCUGCGUUGGGCUGUGUGACGAGUCGACACUCGCUGCCCGCUCCGUUGGGCUGUGCCGACACUCGCUGCCCGCUCCGUUGGGAUGUGUGACGAGUCGACACUCGCUGCCCGCUCCGUUGGGCUGUGUGACGACACUCGCUGCCCGCUCCGUUGGGCUGUGUGACGACACUCGCUGCCCGCUCCGUUGGGCUGUGUGACGACACUCGCUGCCCUGCGCCGUCGACAGAUGCCAUGCUGUUGCUGCUGCUUUGGGUGAUAUUGAUACGAUUUAGGUUGUAGCUGUCUUUUCAUUUCAGUUUAGUGGUUUAUUUACUGGUGCAGAGCGGGCUAUAUUUCAUUUGUGGAAAUAAAUUCGAAACCGAUAACUGCA